GGCCUCCACCCGCCACUUUUGAAUCAGAGCUCGGCGGGAGCACAGUCUACCCUGUUUCUCUGGUCAGUGUUGGUGUUGGAGAAGAGUGAGGUAGUAUAGUGAGGGUGUUGGCGGGUUAAGCUACCAUCUGCAGCUGUUAUAACCGUCUUCCCGUUGAGUGUUCCUCACGGUGACUCAGACCCACUCAUCCGCCUGCCUGCCACGCCUCAACUCUCACUUGUCCUUUCAGGAUCACUGCCUUUAACUAUUGUUAGUGAAGUUAAACUACACUCCCAAACUUCAAGAUGGUGCAGUUGGUAAAUGUUCGGGUCAUCACCAUGGACGCGGAGCUGGAAUUCGCGAUCCAGCCCAACACAACAGGCAAGCAGUUGUUCGACCAGGUGGUGAAAACUAUCGGCCUCCGUGAGAUUUGGUUCUUUGGCCUUCAGUAUGUUGACUCCAAAGGCUACACAACUUGGCUGAAGCUCAACAAGCGGGUUUUAUCUCAAGAUGUGAAAAAGGAAACUCCACUCCAGUUCAAGUUUAGAGCAAAGUUCUACCCGGAGGAUGUGGCCGAGGAGAUCAUACAAGACAUCACACUGCGGUUGUUCUAUCUGCAAGUAAAGAAUGCCAUUCUCAGUGAUGAAAUUUACUGCCCUCCUGAAACGUCGGUUCUGCUUGCCUCAUAUGCAGUUCAAGCAAAGUAUGGUGAUCAGAACUCAGACAUUCAAAAGUCAUUGGCCAAUGACCACCGGCUGUUGCCUCAACGCGUGAUGGACCAGCACAAACUAUCACGUGAUGAAUGGGAGGAGAGGAUCAUCACAUGGUACCAUGAACACAGGGGGAUGCUCAGAGAAGAUGCCAUGAUGGAAUACCUUAAGUUGGCUCAAGACUUGGAAAUGUAUGGUGUAAAUUACUUUGAUAUCAAGAACAAGAAGGGCACAGAGCUCUGGCUAGGAGUAGAUGCUCUUGGGCUCAACAUCUAUGAGAAAGAUGACAAAUUAACCCCCAAAAUUGGUUUCCCAUGGUGUGAGAUCCGAAACAUUUCCUUCAAUGACCGUAAAUUUGUUAUCAAACCAAUUGACAAGAAAGCCCCAGAUUUCGUGUUCUUUGCACCUCGUCUACGCAUCAACAAACGCAUCUUGGCUCUGUGUAUGGGUAACCACGAACUUUACAUGCGCCGUCGAAAACCAGAUACUAUUGAGGUCCAGCAAAUGAAGGCACAGGCACGGGAAGAAAAGUUGGCCAAGCAACAAGAGAGAGAGAAAUUAGCUCGAGAAAUUGCUCUUCGUGAAGAGGCAGAAAGGAAACAAAAGGAAUAUGAAGAACGUCUGAGAAACAUGCAAGAAGAUAUGGAGCGACGUCAGAAAGAACUCCUCGAUGCCCAGGAAACAAUUCGACGCCUCGAAGAACAACUCCGACAGUUGCAGGCAGCAAAGGAUGAAUUAGAGGCCAAGCAGACAGAACUUCACGACAUGAUGGUGCGCCUUGAGCAAGCCAAGGAAAUGGAAGCUGAGGAAAAAUCCAAAUUGGAGGAAGAAAUCCGUGCCAAGCAGGAGGAAGUUCAGCGAAUCCAGGAAGAGGUGAACAACAAGGAUGAAGAGACUAAGCAGCUCCAAAUGCUGAAACAAGAGCUACAUGGGCGACAGCCACGAGUAGGCGUAGGUGGUAAGAUGGAAGUUGAGGAAGUACGUCGCAAGCAAGAGGAAGCCAGUGCAGCUUUGAUUGCAGCCACUUCAACUCCUCAGCAUCACCACGUUGCUGAGCAGGAAGACACCGAGGAAAAUGAUGAUAUUCCCAAUGGAGACAUUUCAAAGGAACUUUAUACCAGUGAUGAACCUAUUGAAGAUCCCAUUGAAGAGAGGAGGACUCUAGCCGAGCGCAAUGAACGGCUACAGAAUCAGCUCAAGGCAUUGAAGCAUGACCUGGAAUCCACAAGGGACACUGAAAAGGAGACCACCAUGGACAAGAUUCACAAGGAAAAUGUGCGGCAGGGACGAGACAAGUACAAGACGCUGAGGGAAAUUCGUAAGGGGAACACAAAACGACGAGUAGAUCAGUUUGAAAAUUUGUAAACAUGCCAUAGGACCAACACACAAACAUACACUUAUGCUUUUCCAGUAGAGAUCAUCUCUUAAGUUCUUUGCCUAUUUUCACAGGCUUAUGUUAAACAAUUUUGUGCUUAACAGGAAUUACACAUUUUAGUCGAGAUCUACAAAAUGCAACAAACUUUCAGUAGAGAGAACUUGGGAGUUUACUAUUUCAGAUAUUGCUGAGUAAAUUAAUCUGUUGAGGGAGGUAUGUGAAGAGCUAAUUAUAUGGAUGAAUUGUGUGUUUGUUGCAAUAUAAAGGAUCUCUAAUCAAUUAUCAGUACUUGAUGUAACCAGCUCCUGGAGUAACUUUGGAGUACAAGUAUAAUUAUAUUUUUUUUUACAAAAUUAUUUGUAAAUGCUGGCUUAGUUCAUCUUUGUUUAAAUUGUAAUAUUAGCUAUCACAUACAGUACUGUUAAUGGGUUAUAAUACUGCGAUUAUUUAAACUGAAACUAGUAACACAUAAAACUACUCUAAAUAGUGUGAAUAAUGUGAUAUAGACCAUUUCAGAUGGUGCUGAACCAUGCAAAUAACAUUUUCUUACAUUUGGUAUCACACCUUCAUUCCUGUUUGUUUGUAACUUUUAGUUUGAGUAGCUGCAUAUUAUUGAGAUCUUCAUUAAAACAGGACAAUGAAUUCAUUGUGCUGAUUUGUUUCCCAAAGCCUUACUUCUCUUGCAGUUCAUAAAGGAAAUGAAACAAACAUAGUUAGAUUUUUACACACUUAUGCUCUGGAUUGUAAAGUAAGGCUAAGCAUUGUUAUGAAUGUAAAUAUAUGUUGGUUGAUGGGUAGUCUAUUUUGAAUAUUGAAAUUUGUAUUCGUACCAUCUAAGUAUAGGGCCCCCCCCCCCCUUUUUUAGUAUUGUACAGCUUGAUUCCCUGAGAAGAUCUGAUACAGUGGUUAGAUCUGGUCUUUUAAUGUUUAUAUAUAUAUAUAUGUUUCUUGUUUUGGCAGGGGAAGGGAAUAUGAUGCAAAAUAUUUAUGUUCCUACACAGGUCUUCCUAGUACCUUAUUUUCAUGUUGUGUUCUUACAGUAUUCAGAAUAGUAACCCUAUAAAUUUGGAUCUGUGUAAGUGGUAGUACGUUGGAUAGUCUUCUGGAUUUAUGAACACUAAAAAUUUGUAAAUAAAGCCAGUGAUUGCCUUGUGUUUGAAGAAAUCAGAGAAGGUGAUUUUUCCCCUUCUCAUUCUAAUCAAUAAUGUGUGGAGUAAAAUUGAGAAUACAGUACCAAGAUUUAGCCAAAACUACAAUGCUUUCUUGCUUUUUCAAGAUUGUAUUUGCUGCCAGUGCCUAUGCAACAGCCUUCCUCUUUUACUGUCCUCCCAGGUCUUCCUGUAUAUGCUUACUUUUGUCUCAGGAGUGAAACCUUGAGAUUUCCUUGCCCAUGUAAAUAUCUUCUUAUUAAGGUUCUGAGGUGCUUUCUAUUGAUUGAUAAAAAUAUAUCAAAAAGCUCAUUAUACCAUCCAAAAUAUUUAUCUUGCAUUUAUAGUUUUUGUUCGUCUGAAUUAAGCAAGAUGUGUGGAAGAUUUAUUUAUUUUCUAUCGGGUGUAUUAUCAUGAAGUCAUAUCAAUGCACAGUUUAUUUUGUUGAGUUUAUUACAGUAUAUCUGAACGUUACAGCCAAAAUAUUUUUAAGCACCUAGGACUGUUAGUCACCCGAAUCAUUUUUAGUUAAAAAAAUUAUUAAUGAUGAUGAUGUUAAUAUCAGUGCAUUAUUUUGUAAUUGUAUCAAACAAAGUAUUUAUGAACACUUAUAAUAAAUCAAAAUGCUUAAAUUAUUUUUUUAAAUAUUUACCUGAAAGUUAGCAGAAGCUUGCAUAAAAUAGAUAUAGGCCUUUAUUAAAUAUUCUAAUUUAAAACUUUACUCAGUAGGAAAAUUUGAUGAAUAUACAAAACAUUUCAAUAUCAAUCCAUUUUAGGCAAUGUAAGCAUUGCAGGGGGACACCAUAGAUAUAGCUCACCUCAUUGGCACCGAGGUUGUAUGGACAAGUCCUGCAGUGGCAAGCCUCGGUGGUUGUAUCUAUUAACCUAGCCUUUGAUAUGGAUUUCCAAUAUCAUACACUGAUGAGGUAAAAAAAGUCAUUUUUGAAUAAAGUUUAAAGAUUAUAUUUA